AUCCAGUAAUGCCGAUACACUUAGUAAACAUGUAACCUUACUAUUUGCACGGGAUAUUCCAAACCCAAAAUUCACGAAUACUAGGUCUGGGUACAGGUAUAACAACAGCAGUGAAGCACGGCACACCUGUACCAUUUGAAGCUACACGAUGCUGGGCCUGGUGUGUGUUUUGGGGCUGCUCUCCCUGGCGGCAGGAGCUGACUACCCCGCCGGGAUCAGGUUCUCCGUCUUCCACGUGGUGGACAUCAUUAACGCCAACAGCAGGCUGCCGAACCUCUAUGUGCUGGAGGAGGUCAUCCGCUCAGCUGAAUCCCCCCAAACUGAGCUGACCUACCAGAAGUUUGACAUCAGGCUGGGCCUGUCCGACUGCCGUAACGACCCGCUGAUGCCCGCGGUGGAGGCCGAGGAGAAAUGUGUUGUGAGCGACCACGGCAGGAACCUGAUGUGCUCCUCUGAGAUUGUCCAACACAACGCUGUGACGUUGGAGGUAGAAGGCUCCGGCAAUGUCAUCGAGGACGAUCAGAACGUCCGGCGGGAGGUCAACUUCGUCCGCUGCCGCGCAGACCUGAGCACCCUCCCCAUCACGGGUUGAGCACCGCUUCUGGGUCUGGGCAGGAAAAGAUAUCGUGUAGAUAGCCGAGAGGUUUGCCUUACAAUAUCUGCUUGGAGAUUUCACAAAAUUUGCAAUGUCUGGACAUGUUCUGAUUAAAGCAAAAGCAAUAAA